GGAUUGCAGCGCUGCGCGGCGCUGCCACCGGGAGCGGCUCGGGUCAUAGUGGCGUGGGCUGCAGUUUGUGCGCCGCCGGGUGGGCUGCGUAGUAGGGAGUUGGUGACGGCGGCUCUUUUGCAAAAGUUUUUAAAAAAACAACAUGGAACCUUGUUCCUGUGACACCUUUGUGGCAUUACCUCCAGCAACAGUUGAUAACAGGAUUAUUUUUGGAAAAAAUUCAGAUAGACUCUGUGAUGAAGUACAAGAGGUAGUAUAUUUUCCUGCUGCAGUUCAUAAUAACCUGCAAAAACAUCUUAAGUGUACUUAUAUAGAAAUUGAUCAAGUUCCUGAGACAUAUGCUGUUGUCCUUAGUCGCCCAGCUUGGUUGUGGGGGGCAGAAAUGGGAGGCAAUAAGCAUGGAGUUUGCAUUGGAAAUGAAGCUGUGUGGGGAAGAGAAGAAGUCUCUGAUGAAGAAGCACUACUGGGCAUGGACCUUGUCAGACUUGGCCUUGAAAGAGCUGACACAGCUGAAAAAGCACUCAAUGUCAUUGUUGAUUUAUUAGAAAAAUAUGGCCAGGGUGGAAAUUGUUCGGAGGGUAGUAUGGAAUUUAGUUAUCACAACAGUUUCCUGAUAGCUGACAGGAAUGAAGCCUGGAUUUUGGAGACUGCAGGAAAGUACUGGGCAGCAGAAAAAGUAGAAGAGGGAGUUCGUAAUAUUUCUAAUCAGCUUUCUGUAACAACCAAGAUUGAUCGGGAGCACCCACACAUGAGAAACUAUGCUAAGCAGAAAGGUUGGUGGGAUGGUAAAAAGGAGUUUGAUUUUGCUGCAACAUAUUCAUAUCUCGACACAGCCAAGAUGACUUCAUCAGGCAGAUACUGUGAGGGCUACAAGCUUCUGAAUAAACAUAAAGGAAACAUAACUUUUGAAACAAUGAUGGAAAUUCUUCGGGAUAAACCAAGUGGCAUUAAUAUGGAAGGAGAAUUCCUGACCACUGCGAGCAUGGUUUCUGUUUUACCUCAAGACUCCGAUCUUCCUUGCAUUCACUUCUUUACAGGGACUCCUGAUCCUGAGAGGUCAGUUUUUAAGCCUUUCAUAUUUGUGCCAAAUAUUUCACAACUAUUGGAUACCAGUUCACCAACAUUUGAACUUGAAGAUCCAGUUAAAAAGAAGUCAUGUAUUAAGAUUAGGCCUGACAGAAGACACCCACUCUACCAAAAACAUCAACGGGCACUGGAAGUAAUAGAUAAUGAUAAGGAAAAUGCCAAAACAAUGUUGGAUGACAUGAGGAAGCUGGAGAAAGGACUAUUCAAAGAGAUGGAAUCAAUCCUUCAAAACAAAUAUAUUAAUGUGGAUGAAGUUGUUAAUCUCUUUUCUCGGUGUGCAAAAGAUGAAAUUAGAAUUUAUGAGGCAAAUAUUAAUUCUUAGUGACCAUAUAAGUGGUCAGCAAUCUUCCCUCAAAGUUAGAUUCUUUUGCCUAAUUUGUAAACCUAGUUUGAGCAGAUCUGAUUAUUCUUUAGUAGCACUGAAGUGGUAUCUUGACUAUCAAAACUAUGCAGUCUUGCUGAAAUACAGGGAAAGAACACAACAUUGGAAUUGGAUGCAGAGAUCAUGCAAUAGUCAAGUGUUACUUCAGAUAACAAAUUUGUGUUUGUUUUUAGCCACAAUAAGUGUUUUUUGUCCCAAUAAUUAAAUAUUCAAUGUGUAAAGAAUGAAGCAAAAUGAUGUAUGGAUUUAUAUUUAUUAUAAUUAUAUAAUGCCCUGAAAUCAUUUUCUGAAAUUACAUCAAAAAACAAAACAGAUUCUUGGUGUAAUGGAAAAUAUUGUCUCAGGUAGUGAGUUAUGCUUUGGCAAAUACUAACCAGCUCUAACAAGAACACUUUCUGGACUUACACAUUGAGUCUUUGUCCUUAAACCAAACCAAAAACCAAACCCACUGCCGUCGAGUUGAUUCUGACUCUUAGCAACCCUGUAGUCUGUUAAUUCUGUGAAUGCACUUUUACUAAACCCAAAUAUAUGCUUUUUUUCAAGACUUGGCUGACCAGUGAGGUUUUAGCUUUAAUUAUCUAGCAUUUGGGGGGCCAUCCCCCUUAUGGGCGUUUAUGUUAAUAAAAUAUUUUUAGAAGAGCUUGUCUGGGAGAUUAAGAGAACCAAGACCUUAGGAGAUACUGUUUGUGUCUCAAAUCUCUCUCAUCUUUUAUUUCUGUUCACUUGGUGAAAACAGGAAUAGGGAAAUGGCAGUGAAAUAGAAUUAUUAGUGUAUUAUGAACAUUAUUAUAAAUGAGCAACAAUGUCUGCUCAAAGUUUAUCAAACUUUGUUAAAAUUAUACAAAGACUACCAAGUAAGACUCAAAAUUGUAAAUAUAAACAAAAAAAUCUCAACUCAAAAUUAUGUAUUUUUUGGUUUCUAGAAAUGUCAAUUUUUGGUAUUUGAUUACAUUAUUGGUCAUUAUCAUUGCAGUUAGGAUUAUAAUAAAGAAAUGGGUCAUUAUAUCUAAGAAGUGCCUAGGAAGUUAUUUUUUAAAUAAAAAUAAAAACUAUAAUAUGCCUGAUAUUGCUAUUGUCUAAUGCGGGGCUGCUAUUAUAAAGGAAAAGAUGUCUAACUCAGGUACUCAGUUGAUUCUGUGUUUGCCUUAUGUAUGGCUCAGUGAUAGAGUCUUCCCUAAAUCAUGAAGACCCUUGCCUAACCCCAUACUCCUCUUUCUUUUUUAAUAGAUGAGGGAACAGUUAAUUGAUUUAUCCAGGGUCACAUCGUUGAACCUCAUUUUCCUCUCUAGUGUCAGCACGUUUUCAGCUUCUCUUUUGCCACCUCCCUAGACAUAGCUAGCACCAUCUCUCACCUGGGUUACUGCUGUAACUGUUCUCCCACACUCACUUUUGUUCUUUAUCCAUCCAUGUGGGCUACUGCAGCCAGAGUGACCUAUUAAAAAUAUAAUCUGAUCAUGAACUCCCCUUCCAAAACUCUUUUAGACUCAUUGUUCUUAAGAUAAAGUCCCAAUCCUUAACAAAAACCAACCAGACCCUCCUGAUCUGCCUCUGUCUACAUUUUACUGCACUUUACCUAUUGUUUUUUAAGUUUCAGCUAUGCUGCUCUUUCAAGCCAGUCCAGUUUCUGCUUUCAUGGCUGUUCCCUCUUCUUGCACCAUUCAUUCCACUCCUUCCCCUUUAUGUUGUUGUUGUUAGUUGCCCUCAAGUGGAUUCUGACUCACGGCGAUCCCAUGUGUGCAGAGUAG